AGAGUUUCUGGACAAAGGCCAAAGAGGAUCGCUAUGAGAACAAUGAGCUCUUUGCCAAACUCACCCUGGCCUUCUCCUCCCAGACCAGACCUCCAAAGCUAAGAAAGACCAGGAGGGAGAGGAGGAAAAGAAAACAACCCAGAAGAAGAAGGUGAAAGAGUUGAAGGUGUUGGACUCCAAAUCAUCUCAGAACCUUUCCAUCUUCCUGGGCUCGUUCCGUCUGCCCUACGAGGAGAUCAAGAACGUCAUCCUGGAGGUCAACGAGAAGCUGCUCUCUGAGUCCAUGGUGCAGAAUCUUAUCAAGCAGCUGCCUGAACAGGAAACGCUAAAUGUUCUGGGUGAGAUGAAAGACGAGUAUGAAGACCUGGCAGAGGCCGAGCAGUUUGGAGUCGUGAUGUCAACGGUGAAGCGGCUGAAGCCUCGGCUGACGGCCAUCUUGUUCCGGCUGCAGUUUGAGGAGCAGCUGAACAACAUCAAGCCAGACGUGGUGUCCGUGACAGCGGCCUGCGAGGAGCUGAGGAAGAGCACCACCUUCUCCCAGCUGCUGCAGAUCAUCCUGCUGGUGGGCAACUACAUGAACGCCGGUUCCCGCAACGCCAAGGCCUUCGGAUUCAGCAUCAGCUACCUCUGCAAGCUGCGGGAUACCAAGACGGCUGACCUGAAGCAGACGCUGCUGCACUUCCUGGCUGACGUUUGUCAGGAGCAGUAUCCCGAUGUCAUGACCUUCCCAGACGAGCUCAUCCACGUGGAGAAGGCCAGCCGAGUGUCGGCUGAGACUCUGCAGAAGAACUUGGAGCAGAUGGGCCGUGCGCUGAAGAGUCUGGACAAAGACCUGGAGACCUUCCCUCCUCCACAGAGUGACAGGGACAUGUUCAUAGAGAAAAUGAAUAGCUUCGUGGGCAGUGCCAGAGAGCAGUACGAGAAGUUGGACAUGAUGCAUAAGAACAUGGAGAAGCAGUACUCUGACCUGGGGGACUACUUUGUGUUCGACCCUCGCAAGAUUUCUGUAGAAGAGUUCUUUGGCGACCUCAACAACUUCAGGAACAUGUUCCAGCAAGCCGUGAAGGAGAAUGCGAAGAGGAGGGAGGCGGAGGAGAAGAUCAAGAGAGCAAAGCUGGCCAGAGAGAAGGCGGACAGGGAGAAGGAGGAGAAACAGAAGAGAAGCCAACAACUGGACCUCAACGAAGGUCAGAGUGUCUGUGGGAGAGGAGUGGGUCAACGUGUGUGGGUGGGAGGAUGUUUUGUGAACUGAACUUCUCCUUGAUAC